UUUUCAAGGCAGUAAUUAAGUAUUUCUUCUAUGUCAACUUAACAACAAUUAUCGCUGUUCUAGAAUCUUCUUCAUUACUGGGUAGCAUUUAAUUGUUUUACCUAACUUUCUUUUCUGUUUACCCUAUUUUUAUAUAUCAAAUAUUCUCUGUUUAAUAUAAAGACAAUAUCCUUUCAUUUGUUUUUGAUUAGUGGUUUUUUGUUUUUGGAUUGUAAUUUCUUCAGGAGGGUUUUGUGAUCAUCUGCUCCCGGAGAUAGAGAGAUAGAAUUUGGAUUGAUUGGUAGAGUGAAAGAUGGAUGAAGCUAUGGUUUCUAGAUAUUGGUGCCAUAUGUGUUCACAAAUCGUAAAUCCAUUGAUAGAAGUGGAAAUGAAAUGCCCAUUUUGUCAAAGUGGGUUUGUGGAAGAAAUGUAUACUGCUACCGGUGAGAAUCAUGAAACCGAAACUGAAACUGAUAUAGGAUUAGGAUCAGACAGAGCCUUGUCUCUUUGGGCUCCCAUUUUGCUUAGCAUGAUGGGCGGCGGAGGCGAUGGUACUCGUCACAGAUUAUCUAGAAGAGAAUCAGGAGGAGGAGAUGAAGAAGAAGAAAAUGAAGAACCACAAAGAGGAGAAUCCGAACAAGAUGGGGAGCUUGAAUCAAUUCUAAGGAGGAGGAGAAGAAAUUCAGCUGCAAUUCUUCAGUUGCUUCAUAGCCUUAGAUCAUGGAUCAUGUCUGAAAUAGAGAAUUCUGGAAAUGAAAGUGAAAGGGAAAGAGAAAGAGACCAUAAUCAGGAACGUGUUAUCUUGAUUAACCCGUUUAAUCAAGCUAUAAUUCUUCAAGGGUCAAUUGGGCAAUCUCAGAGCCAGAAUCAGAACCAAAGCAUCCCUGGAACUUUGGGGGAUUACCUAGUUGGUCCUGGUUUAGAGUUACUUCUCCAGCAUUUAGCAGAAAAUGACCCAAAUAGGUACGGAACCCCACCAGCUAAGAAGGAAGCAGUGGAAGCAAUGCCCACUGUCACAAUUGGGGAGAAUUUACAAUGUUCAGUAUGUUUAGAAGAUUUUGAGAUAGGUUCUGGAGCCAAGGAGAUGCCUUGUAAGCAUAAGUUUCAUGAAGGGUGUAUUUUACCAUGGUUAGAGCUUCACAGUUCUUGUCCAGUUUGCAGGUGCCAGAUACCUGGUGCUGAGGAUGGACCUAAAGUUGAUGUAGAAGACGCGUCUGGGAAUAGAACAGAUAGUAAUGCUGCAGGAGGAGAGAGAGGUGAAGGAGAUGAAAAUGGGAGGUCUUGGCUUCCGAUUCCGUGGCCUUUUAGUGGCUUGUUUUCUUUAUCAGGAACCCCGAAUGUUGGAAAUUCCCUUUCUUCUGCAUCAGAAUCAGCUACGUCAGCAUCUGGAGCUAAUAAUAAUAAUAACAACAGCGCUGAUGAGAAUUGAAGAAGAUGAUGCUUUUGCAGCCUUACCUUGUUCUUUAUCUACUCUUGUUUUUCCAGUGUAUAUAUUUUUCUGGUUUACUAAAUUCUGGAUCCUGGGGAACAUUACUUCCCUUUGGUGAAUUCUAAGAGAUUGUCUUGCCCUGUUUUUGCUUGAAGAGUUACUUCUGUAUAAAGAAUACUUGGUUUUUACGUCAGAUUGUGCAGCAGCACCAUAAAAUUUGAUAUUCGUGUAUGUUAAUAUGGAUUUCUUUAGGCUUUCAACAAAGUCAUUUAA